AUGUGGGAACUUCUUGCACAUCAAGUUAUUCCAACUUUAAUUAUUGUGAUAUUUAGUAUUACCCUUAUUGUACGUGCUCUACAACAAAAACAAAGAGUGAAUCAACGAAUUCAAUGGCGAAAAUAUCGCAAGAUGACUAUUCAGUUAUUAUCAAUUUCGGCUCUUUAUUUAGCGUUUAAUUCUCCAUGGGUAUUUAUACUUUUUGCUUCUCAAUAUGGUUUACCACCAAAUAUUACAAGAAUAUACACGUUUUAUGGAUUAUAUUUUCGGAAUUAUGUUAUUUUUCUAUUUCCAUUUGUGUGUUUUGGAUCACUAUCUGAACUACGAGAUGAAUUCAAAAAGAAAUUUCUAUGGUGUCGACGACAACAUCGAGUUAUUGCUGAAAUGACUAUGGAAAGCAAUACGUAG